GCAUAGGUCGCAACCCUAAUUUAGGAGUGAGGGAUGGUAGUGUGUGGCGGCGGCGGGGGGGGGGUGUCUCCCGGGGCGGGUUUUCAGCACUUCCCCCCAGAGUCUCUGUCAGCUCGGUAUGUAGGACCAUGUGCUUCUGCUCGAGCUGAGCCUCCCCCCGCCCCAUGUCCCCAGCCCCUGCGCCCGCUGGAAGGCUCUUCCUGGCCCCGCUGUGCCUUUAAGGCGAAGAGCUGCCGGGAUCCGCCCACGUGUGACGAGCCCAGAGCAGGGGGCGAUUGGCAACAACCCAACCGGUCGUUCCAUUUCGGAACGUUGGGACAACGGGCGGGCGCUCCCAUUGGUCCGCCCCGGCCUGACCGAAUCUUGCUGUCGCCAACGUUCGCUGGGAGGCGCGCGCGGGCGGGAGCGGCCCUAAGCGUGGGGCCGGCCGAGGUGUGUUCCGGCCCCCGGGCCCGGGCCCUGCCGGGAUCCGCCUCCACAUGCCCUGACCUAGCGGGGCUCGCUGCGCAAGGUUGAACAUGGCUGAGCUGCAUAAAAGGGGGAAGAGGCAGGACGACAACGGGCUGGGCGGUGCUGUUGACUUCCUGUUGGCCAACGCCAGGCUGGUGCUUGGCGUGGGGGGUGCUGCUGUGCUGGCCAUCGCAACUCUGGUGGUGAAACGGCUGAUAGACCGAGCCACCAGCUCGCCCGACGAGGACAAUGCUAAGGCAGAGCAGAAGUCCAUCGAGGAGAGCUGGCAAGAUCUGAGCUUGAUUAAGGCAGUGCCAAAGCCUCCAAAGAAGCAAAGCCGGGCAGAUCUCAGCGAGUCUCUGCUAUCCCCAUCUGCGACCCUUCCUGCCCAAGCAGCUGAGCCUCAUGGCCAUCCCACCUCCCCGGAGACUCCCCAAGAAGAAUCCAGGACUCUGCUUUGUCUCACAUUCCAGGAGAAACUCCUCUCUUACUACAGAAACCAUGUCACCAUCCCAGAGACGGACAUGGCCCUUGGUAAGCAGCUGGCAAAGGACAUCUGCAUUGAACUGCAGAGCUUCCUGCAAAACAAGUGCCCAGAACUGCCCUUCGGCAGCAUGUUCCUCAGUGGUUCCCUCUGCGAUGACCUCCAGGUUGUUGUUGCUGACCAUGUCUGCUUCAUGCUGCCCUUGGUAUUUGAAACCACGCUCUGGAGCCUCAUCCCAGGAGAGGACACCAUCGUACAAGACCCCCAGUUCUGGAUGAUCAGGCGGACUGACCUGGAGUACUUCCCUCGCGGGAGCAGCCCUUGGGACAGGUUCAUAGUGGGCGGGUACCUCUCCUCCAACGUGCUCAAUGAGGUGCUUCAUAAAAUGCUGGUGGCCUCAGUCAACUGGCCUGCCAUAGGCAGCAUGUUGGAGUGCCUCAUCAGACCCGUGGUGGCUUCUGAGGAGCUGAAAUUGGAGGUUACACAUUACGAGACCCAGCUGAACAUAACCCUCUGCCCAGUGACAGAAGCUGGGGAUAAGGUUCUUCUUGCCAAGCCUCCAAAAGGACUUGUGGGAAACCUCUGGCGACAAAGCUUUUAUAGGUCAGAGGUCUCCAAGCUUAAAGAUCUGGAUGCUGCAGACGCUGGAGCCAGGCGGUGCUGCCUCAAAAUCCUAAAAGGUGUCUGUAAAAACCAUCCCUUCUUGAGCAAACUGACUGGCAGUCACCUGACUCAUGUCCUCCUCCACCUGAGUGAAACUGAAUCAGACUGGACAGAGGAGGCCCUGGCUGCGAGGUUCCAGCAGGUGCUCGAAUCGUUGGUUGGCUAUCUGGAGGCAGGCUUCCUCCCCUGCUAUUUCAAUAGUCAGAUUAACUUGUUCUGCGAGCUGCUGGAAGAGGAGAUAGAUGAGAUGGGGUAUGCACUCUACAGUGCUGUAUCUCAGCCAGACCUCUUGUGGCAGGAACGUGCGGAUAAAUGAAUUGCGAGCCUGGGAGAUCCUGAUUGUAGGGUUUUUUUUUUGCGCUUCGCUGCAUCCACCUCUGAGUGGAUUGCAAAGCUUCUACUUCCUAGUCGCUACCAGGUGAAAUCCUUGCACUUAGUGAACGAAGUAUUCACUUUUUUGACACCAGGUGCCUGAGUAAAGGGAUGGGAAAUGGGAUCUGGAGCCUAUCGCCACCAGGUCUCGCCACUUCCAAUCCAGCCCAUGGCUGUAGUCGCAAGAAGUCAGGUACCAUCUAUUGAGUAGUGAGGCCUGGGUGAAGUGAGUUUGGUCUCCGUCCAAUUCCUAGUGAACUAGUGUCCCUACCAAACUGCCAUCACGUUUGGCACUUUAGUGUGAUGAGGCCCAGUAUCGAAUGGGCCUGGAAACUGAACUUCCCCUUGUUCCUGGAGGUAGGCCCUGCAGACCAAGACCCUGGUGAGUGUGGCGAACCUUACACUGCCACUGCUUGUCCUGUACCUUGGCUGUGUAUAAACUGGACUUGUCUUCAGGGCUCUCAAUCCAGCCCCUUUCUCAAGCACAAAAUUCACUCUUAAAGUGCCAGACUCAACUUCUUAGGGGGUGGUGUUGGAACCUGGUAUGUAUUUGCAAACCCAGGAUGUUGGCAGCAUGAAGGGACAGGCCUGAGGAGAGAAUCAGUAUCAACUGAUCAUGCAUCACAGGAUAUUGCCAUAGCCAGUCAGCUCCCAUCUGCUUUUUCCUGACGCACUUUCAGUGUUACGAGUGCAGCUGCCCAACAGGACAAGCUACAUCUAAUCGGUGUCGCUCGUUCUGUUAAUGUGAGCUCCAAUACUAGGGGUUCAGGACGUGAUUGUGAGGAGUCUUUUUUUUGUUUUCACUCUCCCUCCUUAUGCACUUUUUGCUACAAACUUCAGCGGGAUUAAGGGUGGUACAGGGUUGUUUCCACAAAAGCUUUUCAGUAUAGAUGGAACUAAGUGAUCCUGAAUCUUGCUACAACUGUGGGGACACAAAAGAUGGUAGCCCAGCUGCAAGAUAGGACACUGCUGUAGCUACUGCUGUCGUCCCCAAGUUCCCCUCUGCUUUAAAAUGAAUCAUGUUGACAGUCCCCACUCCAGCUUUUCAGAUUAAACUAUUUUAUGCAUGUUUUUCUGCUAUCUAGCUAUCCUGCCCCUUCUAGGUCACCAGUAAGACUCUACCCCCAGAAAGGGGCAGGAUGGGGACAAUGCUUUAAGCAGAAGGCUUCCUGUCAGCAAGAGCUGAAGUGAUUUUAUGUUUGUCUUCCUGUUGAGAAUGAGUUGGUUUUGUAGUGCUGCUCAGAGAUUUACUUUGGUACCAGCUCUAUUUCAAAUACUAGAAAUACAUUUUCUGACUGUUCUUGUGAAUUAAGAAUCAUGCCUGUUUUGCACACUAUGGGUGGAAAAUAAACCUGUAGCCUUUUAAUGUGA